CAUUAUUCACUUGACUAAAAUAUGAAGUUGAAAAUUUUGCUUUCGAGUUUAGACAAGCUAUCUUAGGGCUGUCAAGAUAUGAUCCAGAUCACAACAUCUCAAAAAUCAUCCAUAAAGAGCCAGAGUUUCUCCAACCUUCCUGCAAGUCAUUUAUGGAUUUUGUAUUCCUCUUAGCAUGGCUCUUUACUAUAGCACUUGCUUUCUUUUUACAUUUUAUUAUUUUUAGGAGAAUCAAGAGAAGAGAGUUGAGUCCUAAACUCCCUCCAGGACCAAGAAAGCUCCCCAUAAUCGGAAAUCUACAUCAAGUUGGUGGUUUAACUCAUCGCCCCUUGUGGCUUCUGUCACAAAAAUAUGGCCCUUUGAUGCAUCUCAAGAUUGGCAAAGUGCCAAUCCUUGUGGUCUCCUCAGCAGACAUGGCAAGAGAAAUCCUUAAAACCAAUGAUUUUGGCUUCUGCUCUCGGCCUGGGCUCACCUCCAGCAAUAAAUUCUCUUAUGAUUGCAAGGACAUCAGCUUUGCUGCCUAUGGUGAGUACUGGAGAGAGAUGAGAAAGAUUUGUAUUCUUCAACUCUUUAGCACAAAGAGGGUUAGUACAUUCCAUUCUGUAAGAGAAGAAGAGGUCGCUAUCCUUAUUGAUUCGGUCUCUAAAUCCUUAUCAAAACCGAUUAAUCUAACGAAGCUUGUGUCGACUCUCAUAAGCAAUAUAAUUUGCCGUGUUGCACUGAGCAAGAAGUAUGAUCAAGAAGAUCUUGAGAAGGAACACUUCCACGCACUUGUUCAAGAAACCGAGACGUUGUUCGGCACCUUUUUUGUUUCAGAUUGUUUCCCAUCAUUGGGUUGGAUUGACAAGCUUACAGGCCUACAACAAAGAUUGGAGAGGACCUUCAACAAGUUUGAUUCUUUCUAUAAUGAAAUAAUUGAGGAGCGCAUUUAUAAGAGGAGGACAAACCAUGAACAGGAAGACAUAGUUGAUGUCUUGCUUCAUCAACAGAAGAAUUCACCUUUUAUCACCAACGCUAACAUUAAAGCUAUUCUAAAGGACAUUUUCAUCGCUGGAAUUGGAACAUCUUCUGCCAUUAUAAUUUGGGCAAUGGCAGAGUUGGUGAGGAAUUCAAGGAUUAUGCAAAAAGUACAAGAGGAAGUAAGAAGCUCCGCACAUCUCACAAAAAGCAGUCUCCAUCCGCUUCAAUACCUCAACUCAGUGGUAAAAGAAACUUUGAGGCUACACUUGCCUGUUCCAUUAUUGCUUCCGCGAGUGGCAAUUAGACAUUGCAAGAUCAGUGGCUAUGAUAUAGUACCAAAUACUCGGGUUUACAUCAAUGCUUGGGGCAUUGCAAGAGAUCCCAAAACUUGGGAGAAUCCUGAGGAGUUUUUACCAGAGAGGUUCAUUGAUAGCUCAAUAGAUUACAUUGGUCAUGACUUUGAGUUCAUACCAUUUGGGUCGGGUCGUAGAAAUUGUCCGGGUAAGAACUUUGGAAUGGCAACAGUGGAACUUGCUCUUGCGAAUUUACUUUAUUACUUUGAUUGGAGAUUGCCUGAUGGAAUGAAGAAAGAAGAGAUGGACAUGGAUGAAGUUCCAGGUAUCACUGUGCACAAGAGAUCUGCCCUUGGCCUUGUAGCAUCUAGAGCAAUAUGAAGUUCGGUUGUAAAACAGAAAGUUUCAGUUCGCUUGGUAAUAGUACUAAUUAAAAUGUCUAUUUUUAGAGCUUAUUUUCCUUUAGAAGGUUUUUGUUGUUGUUCAGAAAAUUCGCUAAUAAAGCAUGAAGAUUUGAAAUGUGCUA